AUGACCGAGCCCCCUGCGAAGAAGAAGUGUCUCGGCGUCGACUGCCCCAAUGACGCCGGUUCCUUGCAAUGCCCGACAUGCUUGAAGCUAGGUGUGAAGGACAGCUUCUUCUGCUCGCAGGAUUGUUUCAAGAAGAACUGGAGCAACCACAAGGCUAUGCACAAGACAGAAACGAGUAUUUUGCACCAUGUCCUCCCACCAAAGGUCGUUUCUAAACCAGAUCCAGAGACGGGUGUCUUCAACCCAUUCCCGACGUACCCCUUCACCGGCUCUCUGCGCCCCGUCUACCCACUCUCCGAGCGCCGCACCGUUCCCAAGCAUAUCCCCCACCCGGACUGGUGGAAGGAUGGCAUUCCCAAGUACCCCCGAAGUAUUCUCAACCGGAACAAGGUGGACAUUCUCGAUGCCAAGGGCAUUGCCGGCAUGCGCAAGGUCUGCCGCCUGGCUCGUGAGGUCCUCGACAUUGCCGCCGCCGCCGUCAAGCCCGGCAUUACGACCGACUACAUCGACGAGAUCGUGCACAAGGCCUGCAUAGAGCGCAAUGCCUACCCGUCUCCACUGAAUUACAACCACUUCCCCAAGUCGGUGUGCACGUCGGUGAAUGAAGUCAUUUGCCACGGAAUCCCCGAUCAGCGUGUUCUACUGGACGGUGACAUUCUCAACAUCGACGUCACGCUCUACUUCGAGGGUUACCACGGCGACCUGAACGAGACAUACUACGUUGGCGACCGCGCCAAGGCAGACCCCGACUCUGUCAGGGUGGUAGAAGCGGCGCGCGAUUGCCUCGAUGCUGCCAUCGCCGAGGUCAAGCCCGGAACGCUCAUCCGCGAGUUCGGCAACAUCAUCGAGAAGAUAGCCAAGGAAAGGAACUGCAGCGUUAUCCGCACCUACUGCGGCCACGGCAUCAACUCGCUGUUCCACUGCCCUCCCAACGUCCCUCACUACGCCAAGAACAAGACGGUAGGAGAGUGCAAACCCGGCAUGACCUUCACCAUUGAGCCGAUGAUUGCCCUCGGCAAGUACCGCGACGUCACGUGGCCCGACAACUGGACCAGCACAACGAUUGACGGCAAGAAGACUGCGCAAUUUGAGCACACCCUCCUCGUGACGGAGGAUGGAGUCGAGGUUCUUACAGCUAGGACCGCCAACUCUCCGGGCGGCAAGAUUCCGAUGCCCGGGACUAACGGCGAGACGACCGGCGCUACUGCAUAG